AUGCAAACGCCGGGCAGCGCCGGCUACGCCAGCGCUGUCCUUGCCCAGAUUGCGAGCUUUCAGCCUGGGUCGAAGCGGCUGGAGGCGAUGAAGACGGGGCUGUCCACCGAGUCGAACUUUUACGUGCCGCCGAAAAGUAACUCCGACCCCGCCGCCGCCCGAAAACUUAACCCGUUGCCACCGCCCCCCUCUGGCUCCGCCGUCCCAACCGCCACGUCGUCCAUUCGAUCCCUAAUGCUGCCGAUCUUGAACCUCGCGCAGACUGGCUCGCUGCUCGCCGCGUCCUCAGACGGUGGGAGCAGGCAGUGCAGCGCCAGUGGCGAUGUCGGCACGCAGCUCGACUCCAGCUCUGCAGUGGACCUCGAGCUGCACCACCACUUUCUUCAGCCGCAAGAGCUCCUCGAUCUUCAACAGCGCGCUUCUGCCGUGCCAGAGGCUGACUGGCUCCCGUGCUCUUGCAGGGCAGAGGCAGCCACAGCUGUACUGGCCAAGGAGUGCGCCCACGUCGACGUCGGCCAAGACCCGGUGGCGGCAGGAGUGCUCGGGCGGCUCGCAAUGCUCACCGGGUCUUCCACCAGCCUCGAGACUCUACCUCUGGUCCGCUAUCGCCCAGGCGCCACGGCGACGCCGUUGCACGUCGACCACCUUCCCGACGGCGCAAGGGUAGAUGAGUAG